UGAAACCGAUUUGGGGAGGCGGGGCGGGCUCGUCAUGUGAACGGCCGCAUGCUCGGGCAGAAGUGGGUCAGCGGUGCCGCGGAGGGGCCGGUGACAGAGCCGCCCCGUCCCUCCCGGUGCCUCCCAGUCCCUCCCGGUGACUCCCGGUGCUGCCGCUCCCCGCUCCGCCGCACGGACCCCCAUGCGCCCCGCGGCGCGCUCCUGACCGCCGCCGGCCACCAUGCGAGCCCAAAUCGAAGUGAUCCCGUGCAAGAUCUGCGGAGACAAGUCCUCGGGGAUCCACUACGGCGUCAUCACCUGCGAAGGCUGCAAGGGAUUCUUCCGGAGGAGCCAGCAGAACAACGCCAGCUACUCCUGCUCCCGGCAGAGGAACUGCCUGAUCGACCGCACCAACCGCAACCGCUGCCAGCACUGCCGCCUGCAGAAAUGCCUGGCGCUGGGCAUGUCCCGCGACGCCGUGAAGUUCGGCCGUAUGUCGAAGAAGCAGCGGGACAGCCUGUACGCCGAGGUGCAGAAGCACCAGCAGAGCCAGGAGCAGAGCGGCGGCCCCAAGGAUGAGCCCGAACCCCUGAGCCGCGUCUACACCACCAGCGUCAGCAGCGGGCUCUCGGACCUGGACGACAUCUCCACGCUGUCCGACGGGCUCCUCUUCGACUUCCCCCUCACCCCCGACGGCAGCAGCACCUACUACAACCUGGACCUGCUCACCUCGGCGCAGCCCUCGCCCGACCAGUCCAGCCUGGACGUGGCCGACGCGACGCUCAUCAAGCAGGAGUCCAUCUACGAGCUGAUGCUGGAGCCGGCGCUGCUCGUGCACGGAGCGCUGGAGAGCGGCCAGCUGCCCGCCGACAUCUCCGUCCUCGAGAUCGACCGGGUGGCCCAGAACGUGGUGAAGUCGCACCUGGAGACGUGCCAGUACACGACGGAGGAGCUCAAGCGCCUGGCCUGGAGCCUCUACUCCCCCGAGGAGGUCCGUGCUCUGCAGAGCAAGAGCUGCGAGGCCAUGUGGCAGCAGUGCUCGCUGCAGAUCUCCAACGCCAUCCAGUACGUGGUGGAGUUCGCCAAGCGCAUCGACGGCUUCAUGGAGCUCUGCCAGAACGACCAGAUCAUCCUCCUGAAAGCCGGCUGCCUCGAGGUGCUCCUGCUCCGCAUGGUCCGCGCCUUCAACCCCCUGAACAGCACCGUCCUCUUCGACGGCAAGUUCGGCAGCGUGCAGAUGUUCAAGUCGCUUGGCUGUGACGACCUCAUCGGCGCCAUCUUCGAGCUGGGGAGGACCCUGUGCCGCCUGCAGCUGUCGGACGAGGAGCUGGCACUGUUCACUGCCGCCGUCCUGCUGUCCCCGGAUCGGCCCUGGCUGACCGAGACCAAGAAGGUGCAGAAGCUGCAGGACAAGAUCUACGUGGCGCUGCAGCACGAGAUCCAGAAGAAGCACUCGGCCGAGGACAAGCUGUCCAAGAUGGUUUCCAAGCUGCCCUUGAUGAAAACCAUUUGCAACCUGCACUUGGACAAGCUGGAGUUUUUCCGUCUCCUGCACCCAGAGACGGCCGUGAACUUCCCGCCCCUCUACAAAGAGGUUUUCAACUCGGAGCUGCAGUACAGCGACCCGCGGGAGAGCUAAGGCCGCGACCCGCCGGCCCGCUGCGGCUUCCCCAACAUCUGGAGACGAACUGAACUUCAGAGGUUUGGGGCAAUUUAUUUAAAUCAAAUAAUCAAACUCAAGAGAACCUGGGGGCUGCGGGUCUCCCCGGCCCCGUUUCCUCGCUGUGGAUUGCAAUAGCUCUUGAAUGUAAAGCACCUUGAAGGAAAAAGCGAACGGACUUUGCCAUACCGUGAAAUGAAUGUGAAACCUCCGCGGGAGAGGAGACGCUCCGGCGGUGGAAAGGGACCGAGUCCCCCUGCGGUGCCGGGUAGCGCACCGUGCACCCGCCGGCACCGCGGCCCUUCCCACCGUCCUGGCUGCACUCUCCGUCUCUUAUUUUUAAUUAUUAUUAUUUUUUAAUUAUUAUUUUUAUUUUAUUUUUUACCCAAACACAAGGCAUGGGAUGAAGAAGGGGCAAUGCACACUCGGCCGGAUGGGGGUGAGCAGGCUGGUGGGGACGGCUCAGGGCUGGAGCCGAGGGGAGGGCGAAGGCAGCGCCUGUGCUGUAUCCCUGCUGCCGUGGGUGCAGCGAGCCCGCGGGGUCACCUCGUGAGCCCGCCUGAGAGUGGGGAGGGACCGAGCGCAGGAUGGUUCCAGGGAGAGGACGCCCGGCACAGCGGGGUCUCCGUGUGCUCCGUCGCGGCAGCGUCUCCGUGCGCUCCGUCGCGGCGUUUCCCCAGUGCCAGCUCCACGUCCCACGGGGCUUUUCGGAGCUGAUUCAGCAGGUCCAACCGCCUUGUGCCACUUUCCCGCAUCCCAAGAGGGGCUUUGCCCUUGUGACCGUGGCCAAAUCCUGGCUGCUCCAGCCCAGGGCGCGGGGCUCGGUGCCCGUCCCCGCAUGUCCCCGCGGGCCGCGUCUCUUUGCUGUCGCCUGUAGUUUUUUUACCAGCACCGGUGACACGGUCCCGUGUCUCAGCACCGGGGAUCUCUCGUUCCUCUGCCCAGCCCAGCGCCGGGUCCCUCUUCCCGCGCCACAACUGCCACCGCAGCUGCUGUCACAGCUUGAGCUGGACCCAGGAUUUUACCCCCAGGGAACUGUUACUUUGGGGUCUGUUCUCAAGUUGGCAGGACCUGGUGUCGUCUUAAGAGAGAAACUGCCAUUUGGGGACAAAGGGAAGAGGAAAGUCCUUAUUCCUCGCCCGGGAAGCCAUGGUGUGGCCGGGACCCGCUGUCCGAGCUCGGCAGGCUCCGAAGGCAAAGGGGUGGAUUUGUGUGGUGAUGGCACGACAACCCGCAGCCGGCGGCGCCGCUCGAGGGGCCCUCCAGCCACGCUCCGCGGGGCUUCUCCAUCUCCAUUCCUGCUCCUCCUGCAGCAAAUGCCAAAAGCUACAAGGGAAACACCCGCUGCGAGGCAGCUCCCGUUUCUGCUGGCAAAGGGCUACAGUCCCCAGACCCUUCAUGCCUCGUGUUGAUUCCCCGCGUGUCCAACCCCGUCCUGUGGCUCGGAUCAUCCCCGUGCAUGAACCGAGGGCUUUCAACACCGUGAUUGCGGCCCUUAAACUAAAGGAGCAGCUUGCUUGGCGCCAGUGGGGGAUACUCACGCUUUGGGUGCCGGGGAAGGGCACGGAGCAGCGCACCGGGGAGGCCUCGCCGGGCGCCCGAUGGGGAACCGGAGCCCGUGCGGUUCCUCAUCCGCAGGGACGGCUCUGGCGCCGCCGACACCGAGUGCCAGCACGUCGUUCUCCGGUGCCGUGCGUCCUUCCCGCCCUCUCGGAUCCCAGAGCUGAGACCGAAGUGAGAAGUCAGCACUGCCUUGUUUAUUCUUUUUUUUUCUAGAGGGUUGUGCCUUUUUUGUUGUAGUUGUAAGAAUAAUUUCCAAGGGCACCGUUGACUUCGCGGGGCUCCGCGGGACAGCCGCACUCCCGCCUCAGGGAACAGCCGCGGGGGUUUUCAAACGCACGGGGAGAAAAACAAAAGCACAGACCCUCCUUUACACCUUCGGUGUUCAACAGUCAGCGUCACCGUUUUCAUCUCAUCCGGCAAAGAAACCAAGAAAGCACCUUAAAUGGGGAAAAGCCUGAGCCCCCGCCACCGGCUGCGUUUUUCUGGCGUACAAGAGCACGGCGUCCAUCCGGCUCCGGGAGGCGAUCGCGGUUCCGAGCGCUGAAAACCCCGGGAGCCUUGGGCAGACUGGAAGUGUCAAACACGAGCGACCCAGCCUGCCGGCCCGCGGGAACCCGCACUUGGACGUUCUCUUUAAGGAACCACCUCGUCAGUUUGAUGAUUUCUUGGGAGGGGAUAAAUGUUCAAACGUCGGUGAAAGGGGCGUCAAGGGACGAACCUGCGGCACCGCCGCUUUCCGGUGGUCCCUGUGUGCCGCCUGCCCGGGCAUCGAGCUCGUGGGGAAAGGGCGGAUGGACAACCUGGGUAGAAAUGCCCCAGAAAGGGAGAUUUCCACUUGAACACGGCAGCGGAGGCGGCGCGGGGGCCCCGGAGCCGCUCGUGCUGGUGCUCGGGUCGCGGUUUGUGCUGCGGUUCGUGUUGGCGCUCGGGCUGCGGUUCGGGCCGCGGUUCGUGUUGGCGCUCGGGCUGCGGUUCGGGCCGCGGUUCGUGUUGGUGCUCGGUCCGUGGUUCGUGCCGCGGUUCGUGCUGGUGCUCGGGUCGCGGUUCGUGUUGGUGCUCGGUCCGUGGUUUGUGUUGCGGUUUGUGUUGGUGCUCGGGUCACGGUGUCUCCAGGCGUUUCCACCCCAGCAGGUGUCUUGCAGCGCUGUUUUCGGGGCCGGGGAUCCCUCCUGCGCGGUGAACGUGAAUCGUGCGUGUUCGCCUGCUCUGGCAGUCUGGCUGAGUGUGCAUUUCCACCUCCAGAACCCCCACACUGUGUAUAAAAAUGGAUAAAAUAUAUAUAUAAUAUAUAUUCUUGUGAAUGUUGGUGCAAAAGAGAAAAAAAUAUAUAAAGUUUCAGUUGGUUUUAUGUUCUUUUUUAUCUAUAUGAAUGAAAGGAAGAAAUGGAAGAGGUUUGUUGUUCUUUCCGUUUACCCACCUGUAGAUACCGACAGGGUCAUGGAAAUGUUUGACUUUGUAGACUUAGGAAAACGCUUCUGUUCUCAUUGAAUGUCCUGUCUUGUAAGAUUGUAAUUUCUAUUUUUUUAAAGAAAAGAAAAUAACUAAAGCGUCCUCUUCCGGGCCGGCCAGCGCGGGAGGAGGCGGGGGGAACCUUUAUUUAAGGACAAAAGCUUUGUCUGAAUUUUUCAUGACAUUAAAUAAAAAGUAAUAUAAUGUAUGGACAAAAA